CCCGGGCACUGGACUCCUGGACUCCUCCUGCCGCAGGGACAGUGCUCCAGUAGAACACAGACUGACGGACAGAAGGGGAGGUGAGGGAAGUGGCCUUCAGGACUGGCUCUGUGAGUGCCAUACUGUGGGGAGGGGGUGGGGGCCAUCAUGUCAUCGUAUCUGAAGGAACUGGAGAAAUACAGAGACAUCGAUGAAGAUGAGAUCCUAAGGACCUUGAGCCCCGAGGAGCUAGAGCAGCUGGACUGCGAGCUACAGGAGAUGGACCCUGAGAACCUGCUCCUGCCAGCUGGACUAAGACAACGUGACCAGACGAAGAAGAGCCCAACAGGGCCACUGGACCGAGAGGCCCUUUUGCAGUACCUGGAGCAGCAGGCACUAGAGGUCAAAGAGCGUGAUGACUUGGUGCCCUUCACAGGCGAGAAGAAGGGGAAACCAUAUAUUCAACCCAAAAGGGAAAUUCCAGCACAGGAGCAGAUCACUCUGGAGCCUGAGCUGGAGCAGGCACUGGCCAAUGCCACAGAUGCUGAAAUGUGUGAUAUUGCAGCAAUUCUGGGCAUGUACACACUGAUGAGCAACAAGCAAUACUAUGAUGCCAUCUGUAGUGGAGAAAUCUGCAACACCGAAGGCAUCAGUAGUGUAGUGCAGCCUGACAAGUAUAAGCCAGUGCCAGAUGAGCCCCCAAAUCCCACAAAUAUCGAGGAGAUAUUAAAGAGUGUUCGAAGCAAUGACAAGGAACUGGAGGAGGUGAACCUCAAUAAUAUAAAGGACAUCCCAAUACCCAUGCUAACUGAACUGUGUGAGGCCAUGAAGACAAAUACCCAUGUCCGGAGCUUCAGUCUGGUGGCCACGAAGAGUGGUGACCCCAUUGCCAAUGCGGUGGCUGACAUGUUGCGUGAGAAUCGUAGCCUCCAGAGCCUGAACAUUGAAUCCAACUUCAUUAGCAGCACAGGGCUCAUGGCUGUGCUGAAGGCAGUUCGGGAAAAUGCCACGCUCACUGAGCUCCGUGUAGACAACCAGCGCCAGUGGCCUGGUGAUGCAGUGGAGAUGGAGAUGGCCACCGUGCUCGAACAGUGUCCCUCCAUCGUCCGCUUUGGCUACCAUUUUACACAGCAAGGGCCACGAGCUCGGGCAGCCCAAGCCGUGACCCGGAACAAUGAACUACGUCGCCAGCAAAAAAAGAGAUAACACUACCUUUGACUUUACCAUCAAGAGCUGGGAGCCCUGAAUGCUAAAAUCCUCAUCUGUUCCCUUUUCCUGUAAAUAAAGGUCCUUCUGUCCA